AUGGGCAAUCCUCCGUCGCUGAAGCCUUAUCGGGAUGACCCUGACGCCGUGUCACUGCACACGACUGCAGGGGAACCCUCAUACGCCCACGUAGAGGACGACGUUCUCAACGGCGAUGAAGCACCGCCGCCUGCAUACCAGGAUACACCGACUCUUGAUCCAAGCACUAUAGCGGUGGCUGCUAUCGAUAGCACUGGGAUUGAAGAAGAACUUCUUCAAACAGGCGUCACCCGGCCCGAGUCUCACAUCGCCUUCGCCUCUAACCGCAUCGGUCAAAAGCGCACUCGUAUCGGCAACGAAGUCAACGCCGUGCGAGAUCCCCGAUCCGAUGCCGACCCAGCAUUUCUCGAGAGAUGGGUCAGAACCAUGGCAGCGUAUCCUCCUUCGCCGUAUAUCAACAUAACAGGGACUCACAAGGAAACCAAGCGCGAUAGCGAUGGGAAGAGUAAGCGUGAAGAGGUGACCGAUUUCCGGAUCAUGGUCAACUUGCAGAACUAUCUGUAUCCCAAUUUCAUCACAAAUCCUCUGGGCAACUCGACGCUCAAGACUGUUGAGAGCGGCGAGAAGACAUACCGCGGCACGGUGCUGAAGAAACGUCAGGACGGCGCGAAAGGUGAUAUCGAAGUUGGUCAUGCGAAGCCAACCCUGAAGGAAUGGUGUCAUCGAUAUUGUGCCAAAGCAGCCGGCACCAAAGUAUUCCGUUUGACUAGAACAGUCACUGGCAUGGAUGAGGCCUUCUUCCGCGAUAGUCUGACAAACUAUGUCCGAAGCUCCAACUACAAAGGAAAUCUCACGAUUGAGUUCCCAGUCGCCGACCGAGCAGUUGACAUCUACUCAUCCAAUAGCCUCAAUACGUGGCGCCUGACGACCUGGAUCUGCUGGAUCUUCUAUCUCACGUUUCUCUGGAUCUUCUCAUGGCCAGUCCUCUUCUUCAUCACAAAGAGAUAUCAAGUCGUCAGCGCCGAAUGGCCGUUCUCUCGGACCGACGCGAACGGCCAGAAGAGCUACACCACUGUCAGUGAGCAGCAGUGGGUGGACUUGUAUGGGCCCGCCAUCAAGCAGCUUUGCCUGGACCGAUAUGAGGGCUUGGCGGGUGAUGCGUUUUUGAAUCAGGUUCUAGAGAGGGGGGAUGCGAACACGAGAAAUGAGGGUGUUGAUACGAGAGCUGCGCUAGGAGUGGCCGCUGCUGCCUUCCAGGGCGGACGAUUCAAUGCUGUCAACGGUGCGAGGAGUCUGAUGCGUUUUGCUGGGUCGUCGAGUGAUCAGGUCGGUUGGGGGUUUGAUACGUAA